CCGCGUUCCGGUUCGAACGCUCUGCGCAGAGAGGAGCGGCGGCCGCGGCCCCGCCGGGCGGGCAUGGGUUUGAAUUGGAACCUACUCCACAACCCAAAGGCAGCCAGCACCAUGUGGUUACUAACUGCCCUUCAUUCACCUAUUGAUGCCUCCCAAAAGAAGACGCGGCCAAUCUUCCCUCAAAGCUCAGCUGUUAUUCCACCAGCAGCCACUGGAGGGCCCCAAACAUCACUAUGGAGCUCCACAGAGGCCCAUCACCCACACUCGACAGGUGCCCAGCAAGCCUAUAGACCACAGCACUAUCACUUCUUGGGUAACACCUCAGUUUGACACAACAGUAGAAAGCUGUUUCCCAGCCCACCGGAAACAUCGUCACCAAGACCAAGCAAGACAUUCAAGCCGAAAAUCUACCUGCAAGUUUCCAUGUCUAACCUUUGAGAGUCCACAGCUGUCUUCCAGUUCAGAGACACUGGGGAUCCCCUUAGUAAAGGGGUGCCCCAAUCAAUCAGGAAAGGACAUUUCCAGAAAACCCUUAAUUCCAGUGCUCAGUCCCCAAAGCUGUGGGGAACUGUCAGCAAAUGCAUUUCAGAACUUUCCUUAUGUGUUCAUUCCACCUGAUAUCCAGACCCCAGAGUCAUCAUCUGUGAAGGAGAACUCCUUUUCCCCAGAUCAGAGGGAAAACAGCCUUGAAAGCUGUGUCCUUCAAACUAGUACUCCUACCAGCCCAGAACCUGGACCUAUUCUGGUUAAAGACACCCCUGAAGAGAAGUAUGGGAUAAAGGUCACAUGGAGGAGACGAAGGCACCUGUUGACUUACCUCAAGGAGAGAGGGAAGCUGAACAGUAGCCAGUUCCUUGUGAAAAGCUGACUGGAUUUCUCAGACAUCAUGUUCUCUCAUCAUAGUCUCAGAAAUUGCUAAUUUUCAUGAAGUCAUUUUUUCUGGUUUAUAACAGACUUUAUUGAAAGAAUAAAAUAGAAAUAGUGCCAACAGAAAAAAUAUUUUAACUAGAGCCCUAGCAAGGGAAUUCAAUUCCCAAAUUUAAAAUAUUUCAUAAACAGUUGAAUUUAGUGUCAUGAACUAUUCACUUCAUAUUUUUCUUUUAUUGUUUAAAAUUUGUAAAUAUCUUGCAUUAACUGUUUAAAAUGUAUGUAAAUAAAGGGCUACAGAAGGUUCUUAGAGAACUUUGCUUCUGUUAGUAUUGUGGUAAUAUUGCCUAGCCACAAAAGGUUUUAUUUCUUUUAACUACUAUUCUUUAAUCCUUUAUCUCAUUUAAAUUAAUUAAUUCCACUUUUUUUCCCCCCUAGUGCUGGGAUUUUUUUUCUUCAUGCUAGGUCAGCACUGUACAACUCCAGCCCAGUCCACAUUUUUUGAGUACUAACUCUGAGGCUCAGUGGCAGCUUCCUCUUUGACUUAAUGGAUGGAAAAAAGUCAAAGGAAACUCAGAGUUUUUAUGGUUGACUGCCACCUCUCCAACUUUGGCUCAUCUGAAAAGGCAAGAUGAAAUGGAGCAAGCCUUGUUUUCAUGAAUACAAUGGGAUGAAG